AUGAAGAUGCAUGUGAUCCGCUCGGCCCCAUGCCGAACAUAUUUGCUAUCACAUGGCGGACGCUACCACCCUGCGCCCGGCCUGGGCUCGAGUGAGGACCAGCAACGCCACAUUGAGCAUGACAACAAACUGCCACCUCUGCAAGCACUGGGACCUGUUCUGCCGCCACCGAGACAUCGUGACUUGAGCUUGGUCCAUUGGGACAUACAUGAUGCCAUUGUGGAGUCGGCCUUGACUCUAGAGGCCGAAGAUGAUUUCAGGCUGGCUGUGCAGGAGAUUAUCCUUGCAACACCGAUCUCUUGGUCACGAUGCCAACUUACCCUGCAAGAGCUUCUAGCCACCAUUGCCACUGAGACAGAGCCUCUAGGUAUUGUGUCUUUGGAGCAUGCCAGGAGAUGUCUGGAACAACUUGGCGUGAGUGAAGCUUGGACAUUCUUGCAAGAGAAGCAGACGGGAGCUGACAGAGCGGACACUCUGGAGGAUCUGGGGGAGACUCUUCGAAACUUCCAACCACCAGACAGCCCUCACUCCCAGCCAGUACCUGGACCUAGAUGCAUUGGACUGGACGCCAUCGAAUCGUGCUUCACGCCUUCAGUGGUAGAAGGUUUGUCCAGACCGGAACUGGAUCAGGACCGCGUCCCAUCAGAUCAGCUGAUUUCUUAUGGGGGGCUGGAAUCUCUGAGUUUGCGGGAGUUGGCCCAAGUGAUGAUUGGGAACGACUUGCUGUUUUUCGCGUUAGACCUGUUACUUCGUCUUUACUUUGUGCAAGGAUUUGGCGCGAUUGAACAUCCAGACGAACCAGAGGAAGUAUUCAAACCCUCCAUUUGGAAGUUGGCAAUCUUGUCCCUGUUUCGAAGUCUUCCUGGCUUCGAGGAGAUCCGGUUCGGACAAGGGCUCCUGGGUGCUAGCAGUCCAAAACCCACCAGACUGCUCGCGUUGAAUUUGCCUGGCCUUCAAUGCACACUGCGAGCUCAUCAUAUCACCAAAAAUCCACCGAAACGCUCCUCGAUCGGAAAGGACUCAUCUGGAACAUGGUGUACAGGAUUUCUGAAGGAAUAUCCACCGGCAAUGAGUAGAGCUCUUGCCGUGGAGUUCCUUGCAUGGUUUGCACGGCAGGAGACGGACAACACACUGCCGUAUGACAUCGUAUGA